AUGGGGUCCAUGACCUAUACCACCAUCGAGCUGCUCACCCCCAAUGGGCCCGAAUACCGCCAGGUCAGCACGGCGGCACCCCGCGCCCCGACGCCGGAUGAGAUGCCGCUGAUUGACUUGAGCACCAUUGACGGCGACUUUGAAGCAAGAAAGGCCAUUGCCAAGAAGAUUAAGCAUGCUGCCGAAAACACUGGGUUCUUUUACAUCAACAACCAUGGUAUUCCGGAAGAGCUUAUUCAAGAGGCCCUCGAUUCAUGCAAGCAGUUCUUUGCUCAGCCGCUGAGCGAUAAAGAAAAGGUCAGAACCAAGAUAUCAGGGAAAUCAGUCGGUUAUACCGGAGUGGGUGGCACUCAGAUCAACAAGACUGAAACAAAAGACAACAAGGAGACUUUCUCAAUGAGGUACGAUGUACGAAACGACCCCUUGCACAAGGAAAGUUCUCAUGUGGUCGACGACCUGGAAGACUUUAUCUGGAACGAGACCAGCCACCUGGAAGGCUUCCGCUCUACCCUCGUGGAAUUCUACCAACGCCGGCUCCAGCUGGCCCGCAAGCUCAUUCGCCUGGUUGCGCUGGCACUGGACCUGCCCGAGGACUACUUUGACGCCAUUGUGACACACCCGGGCGCCGACGCCGUCCACAUUCACUACCCGGGCGUGGACGAGGCGGACCACAAGGACGAGAUUGACGUGGGCCUCGGCUCCCACACUGAUAUCCAGUGCAUCACGCUUCUCUGGCAGGAUAACUCGGGCGGCCUGCAGGUGCUGUCGCUGGGCGGAGAGUGGCUCGAUGCGCGUCCUAUUGACGGCACUCUGGUCAUCAAUGUCGGCGACUUUUUGCAGAGGCUCUCUAACAACAAGUUUCGGUCGACGGUGCACCGGGUUUACAAUCGCAACAAGAGCUCGCGAUACGCCAUGCCCUUUUUCCUCGGAUUCAACCCAGAGGCUGUGUGUGAAGUGGUGCCGACUUGUAUCGAUGAGGACCACCCGCCUCUCUAUGAGCCCAUCUCGUGUGGAAAGUGGCACAGCGAUCGCUUGACAUUGGCACAAAAGGGAAAGUUACCGUGA